AGCAGCGUUAAACAGCUGACGUCACGCUCACAAGGGUUGUUUUCUUCCGAGCCCGUAUACUUCAGAUUACAGCUUGAUUUCUCACACUAUAGUUAUAAAAAUACCACGGAUUUUUAGCUUCGUUUUUUUUAAAUAAUCACAAGCGUUUCGUUUGUUUUCCCAUGUGUCCAUUUAAACGGGUGAUCGGUCGCCAACAUCACUAACAAACGUUAGAUAAACUCGCAGCUAAUGCUAAUGGUUUCGUUUGUUGUUUCUUACGUUGCUCUUUCGUUUUAUCAGGCCUCUUUAAACUGACACCGCCAGGUGAUUCAAGCAUUAGUUUUUGUGGUAGCAGACGAGAAUGAACUGGAUUUUCCCUCUAUCCAAGGGCUCCGGAUCGAUCCCCCCUUUGAACAGUUUACAGAAACAAAGACAGAGACAAAUCGAGUCUCUCAAAGCUGCACACACCAAUCUUGCAGAAAUCCAGAAGGAUGUGGAGUAUAGACUUCCUUUUACUGUCAACAACAUAACAAUUACUGUCAAUAUCUUGCUGCCACCACAGUUUCCUCAGGAGAAACCAGUGGUCAGUGUAUUUCCACCAGUAGGCCAUCAUUUAAUAGACAGUAACAGUGGAACGAUGGUUACCAGCCCACUCAUAACUAAUUUUGGCAUGCAUUCAGAUUUAGGGAAAGUAAUUCAAAGUUUACUAGAUGAAUUCUGGAAAAGUCCUCCUGUCUUGAUGUCAGGCCCCACCACCUUUCCAUAUAUGUACAAACCAUCGGGGAUGCCACCUUACCCAACCCAGAGCUUCCAUUAUGUUCCCGCCUUCCCACAACAGGAUGUUCAGCGGCCUGUUGGCCCCUCCCCUGUGCCACAUGCAGGGGUGGAGCAUCAACAAGCACCACCCCGACCAGCAGCACCAGCUUAUGGACUCAUUACAGACCUUCCUCUUCCUGUACCAACUGCUGACUCCCAGUCAGGUCUGAAUGGACACAUGUACAAGAUGCCUGAAAUCCCAGAUUCAUUUCCAGAACUGUCUGAGAUGAGUGUUUCCCAGCUGAAGGACAUGAGCGAUCAAGAUGAUGUGCUGUUGGAGUUCUUCAUGUGUCUUCCUCAGCUCAAACAAGUGACCACGGACAAAGAGGAGCUGGUCAACAACAUAGUGGAGAUGGCCAAGAAAAAUUUGCAGCUCGAGCCGCAGCUGGAAGGCAAGAGACAGGAGAUGUUGUGUAAAUAUGAACAGUUAACACAGAUGAAGUCAGUAUUUGAAACCAAGAUGCAGAGACAACAUGAGCUCAGUGAGAGUUGCAGUGUCAGUGCACUGCAGGCCAGAUUAAAAGUAGCAGCCCAUCAGGCUGAGGAAGAGUCAGAGGAGACGGCUGAGAACUUUCUGGAAGGAAAGACAGAGAUCGAUGAUUUUUUAGGAAGCUUCAUGGAAAAGAGAACGCUUUGUCAUUGCAGAAGAGCCAAAGAGGAAAAGCUCCAGCAAUGCAUGAACACACAUGGACAGUUUCCUGCCACGCAUUAAACCGAAUGUACUGUAUGGUGCUCUUUCCUUUGAGGAAGGUUUGGGAUCAAUCUACCAGCAGCACAUCUUGUGUUUCCUAAAUGCUUCAGAAAAGAGAUGGUUCUUAAAUUAAAUCAAAGUGAUUUUUGCACAGGAAAAAUGCUCACUCGGGUUGUGACCAGAUGCGAGUGACAUCUGGAGAUGCCCGGCCUUUGACCCAAAGACUGUAAUCAGAGGAGAGCAAUGUGUUCGUAAUAGUUGUCAGAAACAGGCUGAGUUUGAAGCUUAUUAGUUCACUUUCAGUUGACGUGACAAUUGGGAUUGGGCUUUGUAUGCACUUGAAAAUGAUCUUAAACGGUGUUAACGCUGCCGGAAGCUUAACUAUGACAAAAUCAUACUGUAUUUAAUAUUGUUUAUAAAAGCCUGUAAUAUAAUUAGACAUUGUAUAAUAUGUUUAUUUAAUUUGAUAGGUUAAUAAAACAUUCAGAAUAA